ACUUGAACAAGAUCUCAUGUCCCACCGUCCAUGGCAUUAACAUUUGGGAUCGUCCCGGUAUUAAUUGCAUACUCCUGUAUCUGUGGAAAAUAGUGGUUGACGGAGCUGAUUCAGGACUGGGAAGCCUUCUGUGCCGCUUGGAAAGACCAGCACUCGGGAACGGACCUCUGGGAUGGCAGCGAAGCGCAGGUGGAGAUGGUUAAGACUGAUCCAUCGGUUGUACUUCAAGAGUACUGCUUCAAUCAAUUGGUGCGCAGGGUCGCUGAGCGGUGUACGUUCGUGGACGGGUAUCAGUCCUCUGCGAUGAUUCUGCCAGACACCCACGUCUAUGCCAUUCGCCAUCUCAAGCAUCUUACUCGUAUCGAUCUCAAGUACAGCCAGGACCUGAACGACAAUGUCUUCCAUGCGCUUGCUGAAACUGUGCACUCUCUUUCCUACCUUCGACUUCCGGGAUCAGAGAUGGAGGACGUUUCGGCCCAAGCGGUUGCGGACAUGAUCAUGUCCCUACAGAAGAACACGCUCCAGCAAUUCAAGAUCAUUUACGGAACAAACAUUUUCAAGGAUAACUCGGUCCUCAAAGCAAUCGGGCAGAGACACGGUGGAUCAAUGCAAAGGCUGACAUUAGCGAUCUGCGACCUCGAGAAUGCGGGAUUACAGGAAUACGGACCGCUCUGCACCAAGCUAGUCUCCCUUAACCUGGAAUAUUCCUCCGGAGUGACCGAUGAUGUCGUGCUCCCGAUACUGGAUGGCUGUCCUCAACUGGAGAAACUUGAUUUGACAGAGACAGACUGCACGCAUGCGACCAUUCAUGGACUGUCGACCGCCUCGGAUUCCACGAAGCCCCAUUCCGGCCGUUUUGCAGCAAUGAAGCGCCUUGUUUUGAACAACAUCGACUCGCCCUUUACAACCAAUUUGUUUCUCCCCUUGGCAGACGCCUGUCCUAUGUUGGAGGAGCUUCAUAUGAACAGCAUAUUGGCGGACUCCUUCCAGGAUUUUGCGCUCUUUAUCUCCAAGACAAAGCACCUUCGAGAUUUGGAUAUUGGCAAUGCAUUUCCGGAGUUUACAGAUGACAACCUGAUCAGCCUUGUGGAUGCCUUGCCGAAUUUGCGCUGGCUUUCGAUCGCCAAUGCUCAGAUCACGAACGCGUCGGUGGUGUAUCUCGGAGAGAAGGCCCAUAGUCUGUGCGACCUUUGCAUUUUGGGCUGUGAUCAGGUUACAAAGACAGGCUUGAUUGAGUUUCUGGAUAAGAUGAGUAACAAGGCUGGGUUCAAGCACCUGGAUAUUACCUAUUGCCGAUUGGACGAUGGGGCAGUUGUAGAGAUCCGCGAGCGGGCAAAGGCUAUGGCCAUCGGGCACGGAUUGGUGGAAGUGGUGGAAGUGGAAGGAGACGACCAGUUCUCAGACAGCCUUUUGGAGGAGGACGGUGAGCGGGACGAUGGUGAGGAGGCUGACGAUGAUGAUGACGAGACCGAAGAGGACAGCGAUGGUGAGGACCGCGACAGCGCUACAGAACUGGAGGAGGAAGACGACGAUGAAUAUUAGGCCGAUUACAUUGUACACACCACAGUGGGAACCGCGGAUCCCAUUGCCAUUUUUUGCACUUUAAGAAUAACCAAAUAAAGCGCCAUAUCUCAACUUGUAGUCGU